UCUUCCGACUGCAAAAAACAGAACGAUCACGUUGCUGUCAUCUGUGCAACAGGCAGCAAAGUUACAUAUAGGUGUUUUCCCUUCGAGUAGUGAACAAAUUAACAAAAUGGAAAUUCAGUACAACUCAAAAGAUAAACUAGGAGAAGGAGGAUUUGGCUCAGUCUUUUUCGGAAGGUUUAACGGUCAUCAAGUUGCUGUCAAAAGAGUUGACGUUACGAAAGUUAAUGAUAACGAGGAAAAAGUGUUGAAACAAUUGGACCAUCCCAAUAUCAUCAAACUCUUCCACUCUGAAAUAGACGCAGACGAGCAUUUCAAGUAUUUCGCUUUGGAACUUUGCGACGCAUCUUUAGAUCAGCUGUUUCUAAUGUCUGAUGAUCCGCGAAAAUACAAAGGACCCAAAUUACCACAUCAUUUCACAGUUUUUCUCCACUUGGCUUUGGGUCUCGAGUAUAUCCAUUCAGAAAAAAUUAUUCAUCGGGACAUCAAACCGGAAAACGUUCUCAUAUCCGUCGAUUCCGCUGGACUGGUAACAAUGAAAUGGGCGGAUUUUGGGUUGUCCCGAUCCGUUAACGAACGAGGAACGUGCACGCUAAGUGGAAUUAAAGGAACUCUAAACUGGUUUGCUCCCGAGUUGCUGGAAAGUCUAGAAAGAAAUCCAAAAGAACCAGGACGGGGUACAGUCAAGAGCGACGUCUUUGCAUUAGCCCUCGUCUUUGGUUUUCUCCUCUUGGGUGGACAACAUCUAUACGGGACGACGGUUCAAAUUCCUAAUAAUAUCUUGAAAAAAGAACAGGUCAAUAUGGAAAAAAUUAAACGUUCACAUUACUCUCGCGGUCUUCUAUCGAAAAUGUUGGCCGACGAACCUGGCAGAAGAAUUUCAACCUCACAAGUCGUCAUAGAAUUAAAAUCUAUCGAAAAAGAGAUUUCAAUUAAAGGGAGAGAAUUGCGGCACCUGUGUCAGGAAGAAAGUAUAGAUCUCGAGAAAAUGCUUCUCUUAAUCCAACAAGGGAUCGAUGUCAAUGGAAAGGAUGACAACGGCUGGAAUGCACUUCAUUUCUUGUGUCGAUAUAAUUCAAGUGAGAAAUUAAUCGACGCGAUCCAACUCUUAAUCCAACUCGGAAUCGAUGUCAAUGAAAAAUCUAACAAAGGAUGGAAUGCACUUCAUUUCUUAUGUUCUAAUAAUUCAAAUGAGAAAUUAUCCGACGUGAUCAAACUCUUAAUCCAACUCGGAAUCGAUGUGAAUGAAAACAUUAAAGACGGAGGCAAUGCACUUCAUUUGUUGUGUAGUAAUAAUUCAAGUGAGAAAUUAAUCGACGUGAUCCAACUCUUAAUCCAACUCGGAAUCGAUGUGAAUGAAAAAGAUAACGAUGGGCGGAAUGCACUUCAUUACUUGUGUGCUAAUAAUUCAAGUGAGGAAUUAAUCGACGCCAUCCAACUCUUAAUCCAACUCGGAAUCGAUAAGAAUGGAAAGGAUAACGAUGGGUGGAAUGCAUUUCAUUUCUUAUGUUCUAAUAAUUCAAGUGAGAAAUUAAUCGACGCGAUCAAACUCUUAAUCCAACACGGAAUCGAUGUCAAUGGAAAGGAUGACAACGGCUGUAAUGCACUUCAUUUCUUGUGUCGAUGGAAUUCAAGUGAGAAAUUAAUCGACGCGAUCAAACUCUUAAUCCAACUCGGAAUCGAUAAGAAUGGAAAGGAUAACGAUGGGUGGAAUGCACUUCAUUUCCUGUGUUCUAAUAAUUCAAGUGAGAAAUUAUCCAACGCAAUACAACUCUUAAUCCAACUCGGAAUCGAUAAGAAUGAAAAGGAUAACGAAGGAUGGAAUGCACUUCAUUUUUUAUGUUCUAAUAAUUCAAGUGAGAAAUUAUCCGACGCAAUCCAACUCUUAAUCCAACAUGGGAUCGAGGUAAACUCCAAUGAAAUCGAUGCGCGAUCUUUGAUACGACGUAGAAACAACCAGAAAAUCGAAAACAUUGAAGAAAUCAUCCAAUUGCUCGACAGAGCAGCCAUUAAUUAAAAAAAAAAGGAAACUCGAAAAAAUGAAACUUUUUAAAAGAUGAGCUACGUCACUACGUGUGAAAAAUAAAUGUCACUUUGAGUAACUUUUAGGUCUCCUUUAUUCCCUUUAAAUUUAACGAAUCCUCCUCAUUAUCAAUGUUGGUUGGCCAAAGUAUUUUUAAUUAUUUGCGACAAACCACAGCGUCGCCUGUAAAACCUGAAUUCAUGAUUGUAUACUAUUAAAAAAAGAAUGUUUCCGAAUUUUUGUUUGAAAAAGAAUACAGAUUUUUUCUGUUGAAUAUUUUGUGCAUCUCUUUAACAAUAAAGUUAAUAGUUAAAAACAAAUCUUAUUGUUGCGCGUCUGUCGUAUUUCUACGUGAACAUCAACAUCGGUACUUAAUGACAUAUUUCAUAAAAUCAUGGCUCGCGCGUUGACUGGAUUCCGAUCAAUCCGUUAACAUGUCACACAUUUAGCGCAAAAUACUUGAUUUAUGAUUUUUUACAAUAAUCAAUUGUCGAGUUCCAGUUUCCAUCAGGUGUGUAUUUAUUAUAUUUUGGUCAACGUACAAUAAGUCCGUCUCAACUUUUUCUGUUUAAUUCUCUUUCAACUUUGAAAAAUUCACCCCACCCCGCACACGCACAAAUUCAACGUCUGAAACUGUUUUCAUUUUCGAACUUUCGUCUGAAAAUUCAAAAACACAAAAAAAAAAAAUGAUUUUGUCCACCUGAAUAACGUUUGUUUGUUUUGUCGGGGGAUGGAGUGAUGGGGGGUAGCGUUGGUUAUAAAUCAAUUCCUCUCUAUAUGGUGGUAUGUUAAGUGUUUUCAUGUGUCAACUUUGUCGUCGCUUUGGAUCAA